AAUUCGGGCGUGGUCGGUCGCCAAAGACAAGGUUGCGAAUACCGUAUAAAUUGCUAAAAGUGACUAAUUUUGGUAUCACUUGUUCGGGUUUGUUUGAAACAGCAACAAGGUCUUACGUACAAAAUGAACGCAUUCGUCAGUGGAGUUGUCAUCCUCGGCGCUAUCGCCAUGUGCAGCGCUGGCAUCAUCAGCCCGGCGGUCAGCUACAUAGCUGCCCCCCACGCGACCAUCGUAAAGUCAGCAGUGCUAGCACCAGAAGGGCAAUACGUGCACGAUCACUCUGAAAAACUCUACGACGACGGUUCAUACAAGCCAGAACUGAGGGCUAUUCCAUUGGCUAACUCUCCCUAUGGAUUGACCCCCGCGGGUUCUGGAUUGGAAGGCGCUUACCAACCAGAAGUAAGGGCCGUUAAACUGGCCAAUUCUCCCUAUGGAUUGACCCCAGCCGGUUCUGGAUUGGAAGGCGCUUACGUACCGGACAUCAACGAGAAACUGUAUGAUGACGGCAGCUACAAACCCGAAUUGAGGGCCGUAGAAUUGGCUAACUCUCCCUACGGAUUAACCGUAGCCGGAUCUGGAUUGGAAGGUGCUUACCAACCGGAAGUGAGGGCUGUUAAACUGGCUAAUUCUCCUUAUGGAUUGACCCCGGCCGGAUCUGGAUUGGAGGGUGCUUACCAACCGGAAGUGAGGGCUAUCGAGUUGGCCGACUCUCCCUAUGGAUUGACCCCAGCCGGUUCCGGAUUGGAGGGUGCUUACGUACGUGAUUUGACUGAAAAAUUGUACGAUGAUGGUUCUUACAAACCCGAAUAUCAUCAUUAAUUUGUUAGUUAGGAUUUUUUGUUUAAAUUGUAAAGGCUGUAAAUACAUUUUUAUUUAAAUGAUGAA